UCAGGUCCUGCUCAGUAAAGCCAGAGACUUACAGAGUGAGUGUGUCACGCUUCACCAGUGAAUCCGUGAAUCCGCACUUUCCUGCUAUCAGACGCUCGUCCACAGGGUCCCCGCGGCCCUGGGGUCUGUGUUUACUGAUCCCGGGGGUCUUUAUUUACUCUUCUGAUAAGGAAAGAAACGUUAUCUGUGGACUGGGCGGCUUGUGGAGGUUUGUUUAGGGUUUGGGUUUAGUUUGUAGUGUUUCAGGGUUUAAUCAGUGGCACAGCCUCGGGAAAUGAUGCCCAGUGAGGCCAUGCCCGUCGAGUCGAGGCCCGCAGCGCUGAAGGCGAGCGCGAGGACCGGCGGAAUAAACUGCCACCGCAGCAAAAGGGCGUCGAGCUGCCCACGCUCCCAGCACGGCGGUGCGCGCGACCCUGUUGCCGUGGAGACCAGAGGGCGCGCACCGAAGGAGACAACAAAAGCGCGAGCUGCUGCUGCUUCCGGCGAUUUAAAGACUACAGGAAAAGCGCGAGGGACAGCCUGCAAGCUACAGACCCGAGCACAGAGCAGACCUGCAGCACGAGGAGCAGCUCAACCUCAAAAUACACCAAGCACUCGCUCACACACACACUGUGAAAUACACAGCCAUAAAGCCUUUACUGUUUUUGCUCCAAACCCCAAGAAAAGGCAAGAUAUCCAGAGAAAAGCUGAGGCAGAACUUGCAGCAUUAGAAGACCUACGCUUGAGUAAAGCCAUGGGAUAUGUUUCCAUCUCGCCUAGUGCUGUGGGUGGGAGUUUAACACUGGAGGAAGUCCGAAAAAAACAGCAACAAGAAAUGCAAACUCAAAGACGGCAAAAACAAACGAAAAAAUAUGUUUUGGGAACAUCUCCUAUGGCAGUUGGAUAAUGUUCUGAAUAUUAGAACUAAACCACAAUCAUCAAACUUCCUCGCAGCUCAUGUCUUCAAAUAAUGUGUCCUUACAUUCAAUUGUGUACACUGAACCUUAGGAUACAGAAGUCAUACAUUCACAAAAUAUAUGAUUUAUUGUACUUUUACUCUAUUCUUCACUGUGUUAAGUGUCAGCAGUGCAAUUUUCAAUGAGACGAAGUGUGAGUGGAUUUGUGCAGUAAUAAUAAAUGUCCCAGUGUCUAAUACUAUAAGAAGCUUAUUUUUGAGAAUGUAGAAGGCACAAUACGUGUUGUUACUUAUUAUCCUGUCUACAUGUGUAACAAUAACAAUAUCUGUUGUUUAACCUUAAAUCAUUUACUUUUAAUUAAGUGCAGAGAAUAUAAAUCCAGGGUAUUUAAUGUUUUAUCUGGUCAUCUUAAUUCUAUUUGGUAAUAUCCAUCCAUUCAUUCCAUGAUCCAGACCAACAAGAUCAUAGGGAUAGUGCAAUUUAGCGAUAGUAAUAAGGUAAAAACCUACUAAUAAUUAUGUAACUUCAAGAGAUAGGUGUUAACAGGUGAUUGUAGUUGUGGUUUGGUAGCCAUGGAAUGCAAAAUCUUUGGAGAGCCAAGAUAAGCAGAGAAUCUCCAAAUAUGUGACAACGUUAUUGAAAGACACAUUAGAAUGGAUUUUCAUAUUUUUCAUUCUGCAGUGCGUAUCAUUAAACGAUUCAAGAAAUCAUGAGGAAUUCCAGUUUUUAAAGGGCAAUAGCACACCCCUAAGCAGAAGGGAUUACUUUGGCAAACCUCUGUCGAGCACUGCAAUACAGAGUUACAUUCACAAAUGCCACUUAAACCUUUACUGUGGAAAAGAUAGGCCUUAUGAUAAACAUCCAAAAGUGGCAUCAGCUUCUCUGGGGUUGGAGAGGUCUGGGAUGGAAAAUCACACAAUGGAAUCAUUUUUGCCCAGACGAAUCUGUAAUUUAGGUGUCUUUUGGGAGAAAUGGAUGCUGUGUACAUUAGAUAGGAUAUAGGAUUUAUAGGAUGACUGUAUAGUGCGGAAAAGUACAUUGAGAUCUUAAAGCAAUUGCCUUAAAGGUGACUUAUUUUCUAGAGGCAUCCAUUUAUUUUUCAACAAGAUUCAGCUCAUUCAAAGGCAUAGAUGUGGAAGAAGAGAGUAGGUGUUAUUGACUGAUCUGCCAGCAGCCCUGAUCUGUCCUGACUGUGUGUACAACUUUUUGCAGGAAUAAUGUGACAAAAACAUAAUUGAAACACUUUAUUGUUUGAUUUUCUUGAUGCCAUAAUAAAAAGUAUCUUGAAUAGGAAAUACAACCUUA